AUGGAGACUCCUACGACUUCCUCUAUCCCGGGACCCAUCGUCCUAUCCUCGUGGCUCGCUGCGAAUUCCGAGUACUUGAAACCGCCCAUAAAAAAACAAAUGCCUUUACUCGGGCAAAGAUUUCAUUUUGAUGGCCGUUGGUGGGCCGAACACGGGGAACGAUUAUCACAGAGAGAAUGGUUCUACCAAAUCAAAGGCGACAUGCUCCUUAAAAUCAUCGAAAAUGAUACCUUUCGAGACGUCGUCAUACGAGAGGGAGAAAGAUUUCUUGUUCCUGGGAAUAUAACUCACUCUCCACGAAGAUAUAAAGACACCAUUGGCUUGGUCAUGGAAUGUGCUCGACCCCCGCAGAUGAUCGACCGUGUCCGAUGGUACUGUGAAAAUCGAGAAGCUCAUCCGGGUUCUCCGACAAUCGUACGCGAGGAGUCCUCUAUUGCGAGAAUAUCGAGGAACAGCUCAAGCAGGUAG